UCCUGGGAACUCCGUCCUGGCUGCCCCAUCUAGCCAUUUCCCAGUUGACUGGGAAUAUGCCUGAUCAAGAGGACGUGGUCUUUCGCGAGAGCUUUUAAAGUCUCCUCUUUCUGGCUAUUGCUUUCCCACCCAAUCGAUCGGGCAACCUGGAAUUAAGCCUGGAGCCCCAGCGAGGACCCAACGCUUAAACUUCUCUGGCACCAGUUCCUUGAUGACACCAGAGUAAGAGGAGGAAACGAAGCCUGAAGUGGAGGUUGGCCAGGUGUGCCGGCCGCUUUUCGUCGGCUACCAGCCCUAUACAGAAGGCGCUCAUCUCAAGAGUGGUCUUCACCUUCAGGUUCACUGGUCUUCUACACCAACGCCAACACAAGACGCUCGUACAGAGACACUCGCAGGAGAAUAGGCGCUCCUGAGUGGUUCGCCUUGGAUGGUCUAAAUAUGACAAGAAGUAUAGGCCAGCCCUGUGAAGAGACUUUGCAUGGACUUCAUUAGACUUCUGCAUAUACAGCGAUGGUCCCCGUGCGGAGAGAUGCCCAGAUGUCCUGCCUGCUACGUGGGUGAUGAAGAGGAGCAGCUGGCCGCUGAGUGCUCUGACUACGAGGUUCCCACCCGGUCUUGGAGCGGCUCACUAACACGUCCACGGGGAGGGCCCGGAACACAAUGAACAAACUGAACUUCCACAAUAACAGAGUCAUGCAGGACAGACGCAGCGUUUGUAUUUUCCUCCCCAAUGACGAUUCCCUCAACAUCAUUAUAAAUGUUAAAAUAUUAUGCCACGAGUUACUUGUCCAGGUGUGUGACCUGCUUCGGCUGAAAGACCGCCACCUCUUCGGGCUCAGCGUCAUACAGAACAAUGAGCACGUGUACAUGGAGUUAUCCCAGAAGCUGUACAAGUACUGUCCAAAGGAAUGGAAGAAGGAAGCAAGCAAGGGUAUCGACCAGUUUGGUCCACCUAUGAUUAUUCACUUCCGAGUGCAGUAUUACGUAGAAAACGGCCGUCUGAUCAGCGACCGAAUGGCCCGCUACUACUAUUACUGGCACCUGAGGAAACAGGUCCUGCGCUCCCAGUGCCUGCUGCGCGAAGAGGCCUACUUCCUGUUGGCGGCCUUUGCCUUGCAGGCGGAUCUGGGCAACUUCAAACGGAACAAGCACUACGGGAAAUACUUUGAGCCCGAAGCGUACUUCCCUCCCUGGGUGCUUGCCAAAAGAGGGAAGGCCUAUAUCUUGAAGCAUAUCCCCAUCAUGCACAAGGACCAGUGUGCCCUGACCGCCUCCGAAGCGCAUCUCAAGUACAUCAAGGAGGCUGUUCGGCUGGACGACGUAGCUGUGCACUAUUACAGGUUAUAUAAGGACAAGAAGGAAAUUGAGGCCUCCCUGACCCUUGGACUCACCACACGGGGGAUCCAGAUAUUUCAGAAUGUAAACAGCGAGAGGCACUUGUUGUACGACUUCCCUUGGACAAACGUGGGGAAACUCGUCUUUGUGGGCAAGAGGUUCGAGAUCCUGCCCGACGGCCUGCCCUCCGCCCGCAAGCUCACCUACUACACCGGCUGCCCUCUGCGCUCCCGGCACCUCUUGCAGCUCCUGAGCAACAGCCACCGCCUCUACAUGAACCUGCAGCCCGUCCUGCGGCAGAUCAGGAAGCUGGAGGAGAACGAAGAGAAGAAGCAGUACCGCGAGUCCUACAUCAGCGAUGCCCUGGACCUCGACAUGGACCAGCUGGAGAAGCGUUCGCGCGCCAGCGGCAGCAGCUCGGGCAGCCUGACGCAGCAGCGCCUCUCCCGCCACUCCAGCGCCAGCCACGGCAGCUCCCACACCUCCGGCAUCGAGGCCGACCCCAAGCCCCGGGAGCGGGGGGCCGAGGAGGACUUCCUGCUGGCCGCCAUCCACCGGAAGCUGCGGGCCUGCAGCUCCGUCACCAGCCACGGCAGCUCCCACACCUCCGGCGUGGAGAGCGGCGAGAAGGAGCGGCUGGAGGAGGACUCCUCCCAGGAGGACGAAAUAGAGAUGUUGGUGGACGACCCCCGAGACCUGGAGCCCACGAGCGAAACAUCCUUGGGUGACGUGAGCCCCGACGUCUGCAUCUACAUUACGGAGGACAUGCUGAUGGCCAGGAAAUUUAACGGGCACUCAGGUCUAGUCGUCAAAGAGGUCAGUUCGUCCACGUCCAGCUCCUCGGAGACGGUGGUCAAACUUCGUGGCCAGAGCAUCGAUUCGUUGCCGCAGACUGUCUGCAGGAAGCCAAGGUCCUCCACCGACCGGCACAGUCUGAGCCUGGACGACAUCCGUCUCUACCAAAAAGACUUCCUGCGGCUGGCGAGCCUGUGCCAAGAGACGGCGCAGAGCUAUACCUUUGGGUGCGGCCACGGACUGGCUGAAGAGGGCCUCUACUGCAACGGCUGCUUAGCACAGCAGUGCAUCAAUAUCCAAGACACUUUCCCCGUCAAAAGGACCAGCAAAUACUUCUCCUUGGAUCUCGCCCACGAAGACGUCCCGGAGUUCGUCGUCUGACGCCCCCCCCUCUCCCCGGGCCCUCUCGAGAGACAAGCCAAGGAUGCGCUGUUGUUUCGUGACCUCUUUCUGGUGCCAUACAGGGAUUCUCCCCCCCCCCCCC